AUGGUCAAAGCACAAGAACUUGAGAAAGGCGAUACGGUCAAGUAAGCCCCUCCACCCGGUCUCUGCCCCUCAUCGAUGCUCAUCACCCGGCCGCCGGCGCCGGUGGCUCCACCCCUACCCUCGCCCACCCAUCGACGAUCGGCAACCUCCUCGCUGACCUUCUCCUUCUCUCACACUCAGAUGGCAAUGGGGUUCCGGAGAACCUAAAGGUAAAGUCGAAGGUGUCGUAGAGGGGGACGCCAAAGUCACGACCAACAAGGGGAAUGAAGUGACGAGGAAGGGAAGUAAGUCGGGUCGAGCUAUAGGGACUCUCGAUCGGGAGUCAUCGAACCGAAUCAUCCUUCGGGGAUCGAUCUUGGUCAAGGAGUUGUCGAGUCGAGGUGCUAAUUCUGUGUUUGAUUUGCGGUUGUGUUACUCGAUUGUAGAUGAGGAGAACCCGGCUGUCAAGAUUAAAGCGGACAGUGGUGUAAGUUCCCUACAUCACCUCGUGCCUCGAGCCGAAAGUGACGAGAUUUUCACCCUCGAUCCCAAAUCAUUUCUCUGACUCGUAGAACAAGGCGAUCAAGAAAGCGUCGGAGCUCUCGGGUGUCGAGACGGGCAAAUCUAGUGGAGGGAAGAAGGGUGGGAACAAGAAGAAGGACAACGAUGAUGAGGACGAGGAGGCCCAGGAGGCCGAGGAGGCGGACGGGAAGGAAGACACCGACGACGACGACGACGACGAAGAAGAAUCUGCGGAGGACGAGAAGGCCAAGGCCAAGACUGAUAAACUGGCUUCCAAAUCCAAUGCAAAGUCUGCUCCCAAGUCGGAGAGCAACAAGCCUGCUUCCAAAGGCAAGAACGGUACCGCGACGAAAUCGAGCACGAAGGACGACGACGAGGACAAGUCAACUGUGCCUUCGAAACGCCCUCAACGAUCCGAGGCGGCCAAAACGGGUAAGAAGGCCGAGAAUACCGAGGACAAAGCAGAGGAUGACGCGGAAGAGGAUCCGAAGCAACCUCCUAAGAAGAAGGGCAAGGCCGCCAAGAAGUGA